AAUAUGUCAAAAAUAAAUAAUCACAAGGUCGGUCAAAGUGGUUUUUAUUGUUUAUGGAAUUUAUAUGAUUACACCCAAGAUUGCACCGAUUCUGCCGUUGAUUCUACGUAUCUUAACACUUUUUUUACAACUGCGUACUUAUAUUGUUGACUUAUAUCACCAUGCACUUGUCCAGCCAAUCCACAAAUGUGAUUACAGCGUGAUGCUAGUGACCCCGUGUUGAUAAAAACGUACGAAAAUUUAUGUGAUUCCUCACAAUUAAGGACUAAACGUAGGUACAAAAAAUACAACGUUUUUUGUGUUUGUUAAAGAAAAUAAUAGCAAUCAAAAUGUAUUCAAUGAAAUCACCAUCAUUGAGGAUCACCUCUGCUGAUUUAAAAUGCAAAAGAGGCUGUGGAUUUUAUGGGAAUGCAGAUUGGGAUGGUUUUUGCUCUCAGUGUUAUCGCAAUGCUCUGGAAAAAGAGAGGCAGAAAAAGAGGGAAAAGAAAGCAAAGGAAGUUGAUAGGCAAUCAACUGGGAGUUCCAGCAGCAGCAACAGCAAGCCACAUGUUGAGUUUUUGAAAUUUGAGGAAAAAAAACGCCAACAGACUGAUAAAAAGAACAAAUUGAUCAAGAAUUUGACUCCUAACUUUAAAAAAUUAGAUUUUGGCAGAUCUGAUCGUUAUGAAGCAGUCCAUUCAAACCCAGAAGCAGAAAAACUCACCGUUGAAUAUUUCAAGACGUUCGUGUUGCCCGAACACGUGAAUAAAGACUUCUUCAAACAAGUCAAUUACCUAUAUUCAAAGAUAAUCCACGAAGUAGACAACAAUCGCCCAAUCGAAGAAAUCUCCGAGUGUGCGCAGAAAUAUUACAACGUAUUUGCAGGUCGCCUCAACAACCAAGUUUACCAACCUGUGGAUCAACAAGACAAAGUCCACAUGUUGGAAUUCUUCGAGAAGUUUGUCACUUCCAGCACCUACGAGCACAUAUUCUGCCCACCGCAUACAAAUGACGAGGAACGCGAUCUCAUCAUUCAGGCUCGUAUUCGGAAACUGAGUUGGGUGAACGCGCAUCAUCUGGAUUGCUGUAUAAGCGAGACUAGUAUCCAUAUCAGAGAUUUAGUCUACACCGCUAUAACUGAUUUAAUCGGGAUGGAUUCAGUGAAAGCCCCACAGGAGAAGUUGUUGUGUGUGGUUAGGUGUUGUCGGAGUGUGUUGGAAGUGUUGCAGAACUGUCAGGAGAGUCCUGUGAGCGCCGAUGAUUUUCUACCGGCGUUGAUUUUUGUUGUCCUUAAAGCAAAUCCUGCAAGAUUGAAGAGUAAUAUUUUGUAUAUUCAAAGGUUUUGUAAUGAUAGUCGACUGAUGCAAGGGGAGACUGGGUAUUAUUUUACUAAUUUGUGUUGUGCGAUUUCGUUCAUUGAAAAUUUGACAGCGGAGUCUUUAAAUAUGAAAGACGCUGAGUUUCAGGCGUAUAUGAAUGGUGAUAUUAAAACUGUAAGUGCAUGGGAGUCUGCUUUGGUUGCCUGUGAAGGUAUGCAUCAAUUAAACGAACAUUUGAGUUUGUUGCGUGAUCUUACCGAACGCACUGAUGAGAUUCGCAUGAAAACUGGCGAGAUACGAGACAAGAUUUCUUUGUUACAAGAUGAAGUAUCUACGCAGGUCCAAGCUGUUCUAGCACGUACCCCGUUAAUAAUAAAACCAAGGAAAUCACUUCCAAUGUUAGGUGCACUAUCCAAAGACAUCAAAUCAGUUGAUAAUUUACUAUCGUUAGCAAACCCGACGCAAGAUGGCUCCCAGGAUAUUGAGACGAAGUUCUACGAGUUCAAUCUCAAGAAUCUCAGUGUUGCCCUCGAUAAAAAAGCUAAUUUCAAGUUGGAUAUUGUCAAUACCAUGGAUGUGAAUGCAUCUACAUCAGGGCAAUCUGAAUUAUCUGAAUGUAAUAAACCACCUGCUAUUAUAAAGGUUGAAGAGUCCGAUGGUGAUUUAUUAAACUUUGCAAGCCCUGUGGAGCAGUCUGACGUAGAUGGCGCUGUUAGGAAUACAUCCAGUUUGUCUAAUAUUAACUAUGACAUUGAUUUCUCGGAUAUGAGCGCUGAAAACAGCACAGCCGAUGAUUUAACUCCCAAUAGGCGACAAUUUAUGGAAGAUCCGUUUUCGCCGACAGUUUUGAGUGAUGAUGCGCAUCCAGUUAUGUUUCCUACGGUUGAUGCGCUUGAAUUUGUUCUACCUUUGAAUCAAACUAAAGAAAAUGAAGUAGAUGAUGAAAAAAAUGAAGCUGUAGUGACAGAAACCAAACCUGUGGUACCUUCGGAACCUGCGCCGGGUUAUUCGGGUUUCGCUAAGCAAGGAUUUCAAAUUCCGAGUAUUCCUUGCAGCACUGGUCAUGCCAAUCUGCAUAUUGCUGAAGAAGAAUUGUAGACAUAUAGAGACAUACGUUAAAUUAAGGAACUGACAAUUGGGUCUACAAUUAGGAGAUUUUAAAAUAGCGGUUUAAGCAGUUAUAACAUGUAUUCAAUGUUAUAUUACAAAUGAUUGCUUUUAUUUUUGAGUAUAUAGAACACGGACUUGAUACGCAUGUGUAGUAUGUAAAUAUUUAUUUUUAUUUUGUAUGUAUGUAUAUGCCAUUAUUUAAUUUUUUAUCAUCUUUAAUUCAAAUAAAUUUCAAAUCAAUGUAUACACUGAAAUAAAGUUAAAAUCGUU